AUGUAUGUUUUAGCUACCACUACUACAACUGCUGAAAACGUAGCUAGUGCCUUCUGGUCAUUUGAUAGGAAUGCACUUGAACUGUAUAAUACUGGUCUCGACGGUGCUUCCUUCGGUAGUCCAACCUAUACAACCAGCUUUACUGGAUACGGUGCAGCCAUCUCCUUUAUUCGAUCCUCUACUCAAUAUGUUUAUAUUACGUCGAGGAUACUUCCGUUCAAUUCGCGUAGUUUCACAAUCGAAGCAUGGAUCUAUCCUAUUGGUUUUUCCAAUAGUAAUGACUAUGGAAUAUUCGGUCAAUGUCAAGCAAUAAGUAACAACUCGUGCUUAUACUUUAUAGUUCGAAACAACAAAUUAUACUGUGGAUUCUAUUUUAACGAUUUACAAGGCGUAACCACUCUAACAAUGAAUACGUGGUACCAUGUAGCUUGUGUCUAUGAUUCAGCUACAAUGACGCAGCAAGUUUGGCUUAAUGGUAACCUUGAUGGUUCACGUUUGGCUAGUGCCUACGAUGGUCAGUGGGGAAUAACAACUAUUGGUGCCACUUUCCACUCAGGUAGUGCAGUUGCUUUCAAUGGUUACAUAGACAACGUACGAUUUGAGGCCAGAGCUAAAAAUUUGACUGAAAUUCUGAACGAUGCUACUCUAUAUGUUUACUACUCGUUUGAUGAUGGUUCACCUACCGACAAUGGGCCCAAUGGUAUCAAUGGAACUGCCUCUGGAAAUCUGUCAAGUACAACUGGUCGAGUGAAUCAAGCUCUGCAAUUUAACUCGGGACCCUAUAUAUACUAUUCAUAUACUCCAUUUUACUUUUUGGGUAUCAGUGGCUAUCCAUUUAGUAUAGCCUUGUGGGCAAAACCAACAGGAAGUUAUGCCGCACAAACACUUGUUUUCAUAGAGAAACCAUCCGGUUGGUGUGUUCACUGUUUAGUAAUGACAUCAAGUGGCCAAUUAGUUGCUAAUAAUUGGAAUGGUUCUAAUGUAGCCACAAAUGGCCCUAUCAUUUCGUUAAACACUUGGAUACAUAUUGGCUAUACUUAUAGUACAACCAACGGCAUUCGAUUGUAUAUAAAUGGUACCCAAUACUCGACUACAGGUUCUUUUACGUUUUCGGGCUCUGGUGUUCCGAUGCGUAUCAUAUUGGGUGGAAAUGGCGGCCGCAUCUUCUCCUGCUCUCCAAGCUAUGGCGGUGCGUUUACUGGUGCCCUCGAUGAAUUUUUUCUUUAUAGGCGUGAACUAACAGCAGGUCAAGUUUGGGCAUUAGCCAAUCCUUAA